AUGAAUGAAAGAAUUGGAUGGAGUGCAAGGAAAAGGAAGAACACAAUCGAUCGCAUCACAGAUGAUCGUAGAUACUGGUGUAGGGGUGUUGGAACAACCCACCGAUACACCACUCGUCAGCCACCAGCAUACUUAGAGAUCAACACCGAUCAAUUGACUUACCAACAGCACAGUACUCAUCCAAACCCCAAGGAUACUCUAAAUGAAGGUGUAGUUCUCAGAUACUUCAACAGCCUCAACAAUACGACUAACAGCAUCAACCAAGAAGACAUAUUCAACCACAUCCAAGUAGGUGAAUACACGAUCAGUAAGUUCAUUAUCAAAUUAUUAUUCAUUUAUGGAAAUAAGAUCAUCACAUCAUCCCUCGCCCGUGUAAUCAAUGAGACAGUAGUUGAUGUGAAAUGGCACAAGACUGAUAUUACAGGUCUUGGGAUGGAGCUUGAGAAGUUCUCUUUCAACAUCACCCCAGAGUAUUUGAUUUGUAAAUUAUUUUAG